AUGAAGGUCUCUCAAUCUUUUGUCGUCGUGUCUCUUUCUGUCGCUGCGCAAACUCAAGUGAGCAUGGCCAGCCCACUCCCCGUUACCGACGCAGGUGAUUUGAGUUUCGAUUCGCCUCAACUCAGCGAAGCCGUGCUCACCGAAGAACUUCCAACGCGUCUGAUUCCUAAAGGCUUUGGCCGCCGGAACCACCCUUCCUUAAUGGCUCUCAAUCCUCGGGCACGUGCUGUCUCCUUGAGCUUCGAUUCUAAUGGACGCGUCAAUCCACGCGCCCACGCCCAAACGGACCGCUCAAAGCUCCAAAAUUCGAUUCAUAUCGGCGACACGAAUAUCCUCAACGCCAGCCUGGGCGCCCACCGGCCUAUCCGUCCUCUCGCGUCCUCCGACGAGCACGGGUUGAGGUCCAGUAAUCUCCUGGAUUUAUCGCUGAAGAUGAAGAAGCGGUCUCCUGAUGAGCCGAAGCUACCCGCAGUUGUUCAAGCUGUAUCCGGGGAUGUCUCCAAGCCCGUCUCCGAAACCUUGUCAACCCUGCCCAUCAUGGUAGAAGACUUAUCAGCCGCCAAGAAAGUGCUACCGGCGACGCCCGGUGUGGCCAACCAGCUGGCCGGAAUCCUAGGAGCACGCGGUGUCCCGGCGGCACCCGUCUCGCCUCUAUCGGCCCUCCCGCUAUCCAGCCUUCCACUCAUUAGCGAUCUGUCCAGAAGCUUACCCGCAAAUCCUGCUUCAUCUCUUCCCGCCGCUGCGCCGGCCCCCGCAACCGGCCUGCCUAUCUUGGGAUCCAUUCUCGGCGCUCGUUCUCAACUUCCCGAUCCGUCGCUGGCCGCGCUUGAAGGAUUGAGUCCAGAUGAAUCCCUCCCAAUUAACCCAUUCAAUCCAGAUCUUCUCAGCGCUUCUGACAUCAUGGCCGCCGGCGGAGCAUUCCCGAUCCAACCUUCCCACUCCCUGGAUGGCCAGACGCUCCCGAACGAGCCGAGCAUUCCCAACUUUUCACAGCUGUUUGCCGAUGCUCAGGCGAUCCAAGCCAGUGGCAGCGGGGUAGCCGACGACCCAAGCCUCCGCAACGUCAGAGCGACCAAGAAGCACAAAGGCUCCAAAAGCCAUCAUGACGACAAGGACGAGGACGACAGUCCGAAAGCCCAUCGUGACGACAACGAGGAAGAUGAUAGUCCGAAAGCCCAUCAUCACGAUAUGGAUGACAAGGAGGACGGCCCGAAAAGUCACCAUGUUGAUGACAAGCAAGAGGAUGAUGAAGCAGCACUGAUGAAGAAACUGAUCGAGAAGCUUGACCUCAAGGCUCCUGUCCCUGCAGUAGCACCUUCAGUCGCGGGCAUUGAAACCCAAGUCGUCCCAGUCAUACCUGCCACUGAUGUCCAGAAUACCGUCGCGGGCAUCCCCAUCGCAGUCUCCACUCUUCCCAAAAAGCUUCCCUCCGUCCUGCCAACAGCCAAAGCUUCAUCAACCGACUCCAAGGAUGAUGAUGAUUCCGAUUAUUCUCCCGGCCCGAAACUCCAUCGAACACGUACCGUCUUCAACUUUCCUCAUCGCAAGUAG